UAUGUUAACCAAACGUAUGUUUCAAAUGGUUGAUCAUUUAAAAUAAUCAUAACUACGAUAAAAUUAAUACUCGAUAAACCAAGACAAUGAGUCAUUUCACGUUAUUGAAGAGUGGGAAACUUCUGUUGGCGUUGCUAGUGCUGGAUUGGUUGUUUGCCGGAAGUACAGAUGCCACAACUCACGAGCCGGGCUUUACCGGGCCCAUCACGAACGUUACGGCGCCGCUGGGCCGUGAGGCAAUACUCGCCUGCUCCGUGCACAACCUUUCCACUUAUAAGGUGGCAUGGCUUCGAGUAGACACGCAGACCAUCCUCACGAUCCACAUCCAUGUGAUAUCGCGCUCCCGCCGCGUGGGGGUGACGCACAGCGACCACCGCACCUGGUUCCUGCACAUUCGCGAGCUGCGAGAGACCGACCGCGGCUGGUACAUGUGCCAGAUCAACACCGAUCCUAUGAAGAGCCAGCUUGGGUAUUUGGACGUCGUGGUUCCUCCGGACAUUUUGGAUCAUGGAACGAGCCGCGAUCAGACGAUUCGGGAAGGGGCCUCCGUCAGUCUGACUUGUGCCGCCACAGGCUCGCCGCAGCCGCAGAUCGUGUGGAGGCGCGAACAUUCCAAGCCUAUCGUCCUUUCUGAAGGAAUACAAGUGUCCUCCCUGGAAGGGCCAGUGUUGAACAUAAGCCGAGUGAGCCGCCAACAUGCCGGGGCCUACUUGUGCAUAGCGUCAAACGGCGUUCCGCCCACACUCAGCAAGAGGAUCAUGCUCACCGUAGAGUUCCCACCAGUGAUAACGAUAAGAAACCAGCUGGUUGGCGCGGCGUUAGGCUCGGAUCUGGUGCUGGAGUGUGAAACAGAAGCUUACCCCAAGCCGGUUAGCUACUGGAGCCGAGAGAACGGGGAAAUUGUUCCCGUUGGUGGAGGUUUAGAGCCCCAGAAGUUUGACGGGGCUUUCCGGUCAGUGAUUCGGCUGCCGAUCAAACGCGUAACGAGCGCUGACUACGGCGCCUACAAGUGUGUCUCCAAGAACGCCUUGGGCGACACCGAGGGCACCAUCAAACUAUAUCCUAUGCCGCAACCUGCACUGGAUAACAAAAAUGUUGUACAAAGGCUGAAUAUAGUUGCUGAUAAGGCGUCAGAAAUAACGCCUUUCGGUACGCAAGAUUUCAGACUACAAGACUACAACAGAGCAAUCUCGUUGGAUGGGUGCUGUUUCGGUUCUUUGAUUUCAUUAGUAAUUUUAAUGAAGACAUUAACAUCUCGAGGGUGAUAUCGAGAAAGAUGUAUAUAAAUAGCUGGAUAUCCACCCGUCGAUCUCAAAUUGGGUCGGCGCUCCACGUCUCAUGAUCAUGGAUUACUCGUGGUUCGGGAGUCUUCAAUUCACAGCAAUCACAGCACUCGCCACGAGCGUAGCAUGUCAAGAGGUGGAUAUCCAGGUAUUUAAUAAAUAAAUAUUGCUUUGUCUCUGAGACUGAUUGGCAGCUGUACACGUAUGGUUGCCGCUUAAGGGUUAUACGCAGUAUUUUGAAUUAUGCAAUUAAGCUCCUUAGCGUAUUCGUUGUAAAGAAAUACACAUGUCCUAUUUAAUAUAGCUGUCUGAUUGUAUUGCGUAAGUAAAAAAAACUAUCUUUGUGGAGAUGGAUACAUUGUUUUAAGAGAAAUUCAGCUGAUAUUAGGUACGAAUAAUUGUAAAACAAAUAAUUUUAGACAUUGAC